AUCUCCCCACUCCCGCAGCCGACCUCGAUCGACUCUCAGGCCAGUGUCCUCCGGUCCUCACCCGCCUUGCCAUGACCACCUACAGCUACCGACAGUCCUCAGCCACCUCGUCCUACGGGGGCUUGGGCGGCGGCUCGCUGCGCUUUGGGACCGGGGGUGCCUUUCGUGCGCCCAGCAUCCACGGGGGCUCAGGCGGCCGAGGGGUGUCUGUGUCCUCCGCUCGCUUGGUGUCAUCAGUCUCCGGGGGUUAUGGUGGGGGCUAUGGUGGCUCCCUGGCUGUGUCCGAUGGGCUGUUGGCCGGCAAUGAGAAGAUCACCAUGCAGAACCUCAACGACCGCCUGGCUUCGUAUCUGGACAAAGUGCGCGCCCUGGAGCAGGCCAACACCGAGCUGGAGGUGAAGAUCCGGGACUGGUACCAGAAGCAGGGGCCCGGGCCCUCCCGAGACUACAGCCACUACUUCAAGACGAUCGAGGACCUCCGGGACAAGAUUCAUGGUGCCACCAUUGAGAACUCCAGGAUUGUCCUGCAGGUCGACAAUGCCCGUCUGGCUGCAGAUGACUUCCGAACUAAGUUUGAGACUGAACAGGCCCUGCGCAUGAGCGUGGAGACUGACAUCAACGGGCUGCGCAAGGUUCUAGAUGAGCUGACACUGGCCAGGACUGACCUGGAGAUGCAGAUUGAAGGCCUAAAGGAGGAGCUGGCCUACCUGAAGAAAAACCACGAGGAGGAAAUUAGUGCCUUGAGGAGCCAAGUGGGUGGCCAGGUCAGUGUGGAGGUGGAUUCCACUCCGGGCACGGACCUAGCCAAGAUCCUGAGUGACAUGAGAAGCCAGUAUGAGGUCAUGGCUGAGAAGUACCGGAAGGAUGCUGAAACCCAGUUCAUCAGUCAGACCGAGGAGCUGAACCGGGAGGUUGCUGGCCACACCGAGCAGCUCCAGGCGCACACAUCUGAGGUCACAGACCUGCGACGCACCCUUCAGGGUCUUGAGAUAGAGUUGCAGUCCUGGCUCAGCAUGAAAGCAGCCCUGGAAGGCACGCUGGCAGAGACAGAGGCCCGUUACGGGGACCAGCUGGCACAGAUUCAGGGGAAGAUCAGCAGCAUUGAAGCUCAGCUGAGUGACCUGCGUGCUGACACCGAGAGGCAGAAUCAAGAGUACCAGCAGCUCAUGGACAUCAAGUCUCGGCUGGAGCAGGAGAUUGCCACCUACCGCAAUCUGCUGGAGGGCCAGGACAUCCACUACAACAACGUGCCUGGCUCCAAGGGUUUCUGAGUGGGCAGAUUCCUGAGCAUCUAUCCUCCUGCAGGGAGAGUUCUCGGGGACCCCUAGCCCCGACUCAUCCCCUGACCUGCCAAAUAAACCUUUGUGGUCCAAGGGA